CCGAGAAUUUCAGUUGCAUUCAGAAUUUGCAAACAAAACGAACGGGUUUAAAAAAGGAUAAAGUUUUCGAUUUUAAGUGGCGGCCGGUUGUAUGUUUGACACUUGUCUCAGAUAAAAAGAAAAUUACAACACUAUCAAUAAUAAAAACCAUGCAGUACCCAACCAUUGUUGCUUUUACUUUUGCUACCAUGGUGUCACACAUUACGUGCGCACCAGCCACAGACUACGGAGACAGGACAAUUGACAACAUAAACGGCCAAACCUUGGUCGACGUUGGAUCCGAAUUCAACAUUACUAUCUUGACAGUGAUUGGUAAAGCAAUGAAGAAUAUAGAAAACGAUGUUAAGGAGGCAGCAAGGGAGCUUUGUCGGCUACAUCCUUGUACAGACUGGAGUCAGUGGUCUGACUGUGAUGUUAGCGCUGAUAAAUAUGGACAGAUUGGGGCUAAAUCACGCACCAGAAAUUGCGGUGGAAAUACUACACUCUGUGAGCGGAAGGGACUAUCAAGGCUUGUGUAUAAUUAUAAGGUGUGUGAGAAAUUUUGUCCAACUGAUUAUACUGUAACUAAGUUUGGGUUUUGUUUGAAAUAUUACGCUGGACCGAAAACAUGGGACGAAGCUGAAGCAGUGUGCCGAAUUGAUGGAGGGCAUCUCGUGCAUGUUGACUCUGAAAUCAAGGCGCAUGACGUGAACGUGACUCUUGCAGCAAUUUCGUUAUCUGGAAGCAAUGCCAACCGGGUCUGGAUAGAUGGCCGAAGAUCCGUUCAAGGUGGUUCUUGGGCGUAUGGAUAUAAAUCUACAGAUCCGUCCUUCAUAUACUGGGGCGACAAUGAUCCUGAUAAUGGACCUAGCGAGCUGUGCAUGCUGUAUGCUAGAAAUGCCAACGCAGACUCAAAUAUGUGGCGUUGGUACGAUGGGAACUGUCCUUGGAUGUUCCAGUUUGUGUGUCAGGUCGCUUACUGAAUGAUUUACUGCUUCAAUAAAAAGAACAAAAAAGACGUUUUGAGAUAAUUCGUUAUAAAGAGAAAAUGGAUACACAUGCAGUCCGUAAAUAUCAAAAUUCUUAUACUUUCUUAAAUGAUAAACUGUCUGGGCUUAUUUAUCUUUUACUUGUAAAAUUGAAUUUGAAAGAAAUUGAAAAUAGUAGCAAAAUAUCUCGUUCGUUUUUUACCCAUUUGAUUAAACUAAAUAGUUCUGUUUUACCGUAUUAGUAUUCAAUUAGUAUUCAGGCAAUAAAGUUUAAAAUUCAUUCACAUUUUUCAUAAAAAAAUACAUUGAAUAUUAUAUUUGUCGUUACAUGCAAGCAUUUUAGUUGAAAAUAUACAAGCUCUGCGAGUUCUUUUUUUAAAUUACUUCUUUUAAGACAGAACUUUUGAGUGUUCCAUUAUGAUAAGCAUACUACUUUCUUUUAACCGUUUUAAGAUCUUCGAUAUGCAAGAACAAUUAUAAUGAUGAUAACUGAAUAAAUCUAGUAGCAUGCAAUUUAAAAAAUACACACGUUUACAUUGUCAAUGUUACAGAUGUCCGGGCAACUGAUAAAACUAAUGAAAUAACGACCGGACAUACAUAUAUGUAUAAUAAUCUUUUAGCGUAAUAAUGACAAAUGCUUAAAAAAUUACUAAAAUAGCAUAUUUGAAUGGCAUUCUUAAAACAGUAAAUACCUUCCUAUUUUAUAACAGUCGCGACAGUGUCCAGUUUUACGAAAUAUAGUUUAAUCAAUUUCCGGUGCUUUCGAAAUGUAAGUGUAAUGCCUGAACUAUAAUGUUGACAGUUAAUUUAUGGUAACAUCUGAUAAGCAGAGUGUAUGUAAUUAUUUAGUGUUUUGUGGAAAUUUUCGAGGGCAAACUUCUUCAGUAGAGUUUUAACAUUUUCAAUACCGUUUAAAUCUUUUUUAACAAAUAUUAAUUUCUGUAUUAAACUCUAACAAAUUAAACUAAUGUAGUUGCUUAUACGUGUUGAACUCAUUCUUGUUAGAAGUGAUUGUUUUCAAAUAAACCAUUCUCAAAACAAUGGUUGAGAAUCAUCAUUUCUAAAAUCAAAUCAUAUACCUACCAUGUCCUUCUUAGUAAAUGAAAACAAGGAUAGUUUCCGUAGAUGUACAGGCGGAAAAUACACCAUUUUAUUGUUUUGAGUUAUCCUUCUCUUGAAAAGGUUUUUUAAGCCGAAAACGCUCGGGUUUAUAAUGAAACGUUUGACACUAUUUGAACAUGUAUUCUCUCAUAUUCUAUCAUUUGAUUUUUCCGGCCGAAGGUCUGUAUUGGUUUCAUCUUUUACUUCCUGUUUAUAUCUGAGUGAAUGUCAUUUAACAGCUGAUUAAAACUGUACAUUUUGAUUGGUGGAUGAAAUAUUCCACAGGUUUCCGAAUGGAAUAGAUAAUAUUUUCUUAUGGGGUGUGCAGGUGCUCUGGGCUGUACUGUUAGUAAUCCGCUGCAAGGCUCCUGCGGAGCAGAAAUAGCUUGUAAAACGUAAUAAACCUGAAUCCCCUGCGUUCACCUCUGCCAUUUUGAUACGGAGUAUACGAUUUACAGUCAACUCGUCCCCUAGUCAACUCGUCCCCAAGUCAACUCGUCCCCAUUUUGGUCAUUUCGUAUCCCUUUACGAUUUCAAAAAUGGUCAUUUCGCCAUCAAAGUCCACUUUUCGGCCCCUCCAUUUUAGUCUCAUUUUUGUCAAAGCUUCCUAGCUUAUGAUAAGUAUAAUUAUGAUGUAAUAUAUGUGAUCUGUAAUAUAUGUUCUACAUAAAUAU